GAAGGGGGAGGUGGGUGACAGGGACUGAAGGCUACGUUUCUACGAGGCCGGGGGGAGGGGCGAAAAGGCCGCAGGGCCGCAACGCGGUACUGUAGGUGCUUGCUCCAGGAAUGGAAGGAUGGGAAUAAGGGAAGAGGAGGAUUUCAGGGACUAAAGGCAGGAAAAAGUGGAAAAGGAACCGCAAGAGGAGCCGGACUGGAGUAUGCGCCACGGUCAGGUGGAAGAGCUGGAAACUGACCAUGAAGGUCAAGGUUAUUUCAGUUUUGGAAGACAACUACAUGUAUUUGGUCAUUGAAGAGAAUACCAAAGAAGCCAUUGCAAUAGAUGCAACAGUUCCCAAAAGGUUGCUGGAAAUUGUCAGGAAGGAGGAAGUGAAGCUGACUACCAUCUUGACCACUCAUCAUCACUGGGAUCAUUCCAGGGGCAAUGAGGAGCUGGUGCAGCUGGUUCCAGGGCUUCAGGUGUACGGGGCUGAUGAGCGCAUUGGUGCCUUGACACACAAGUUGAUUCACAACCAGGAGCUCAAGUUUGGAGCCAUCUGUGUGCGGUGCUUGCUCACACCUGGCCACACCUUGGGCCAUAUGUGUUACUUCAUGUGGGAAGACAACUGUCCAGAUGCUCCAGCUGUGUUCUCAGGUGAUGCCUUGUUCGUUGGUGGUUGUGGUCGACUCCUAGAGGGGACAGCAGAACAAAUGUACCGGAGCCUCAAUGAAACACUGGGGACUCUGCCCAAGGAAACUAAAGUGUUCUGUGGGCACGAGUACACUGUCAGGAAUCUCAAGUUUGCUUUGAAGGUGGAACCUGAUAAUGAAAAUGUGAAAACAAAGCUGGCUUGGGCCAAAGCUAGAGAUGACGACGACAUACCCACAGUGCCUUCAACCUUAGGAGAGGAGUUUCACUAUAACCCUUUCCUCAGAGUAGCAGAAGAAUCUGUCCAGAAAUAUACUGGGAAAAAGAAUCCAGUGGAAGUCAUGAAAAUUCUACAUACAGAAAACGACAACUUCAAAAAACGUGCAGAGCCACUGGACCCUCGUGCAGUCCUUGCAUUAGAGUGGGGCCUCUUGGGCUCUUUAGUGCAAAAGGAAUGAAGCCAGGAAAACCAGCUCUUGCAAGUUGGACCCACCUCACCUGACUUUGGCAACACUACAGCUGGAAAGGACUUCUUGAGUGGUACAUUACUUGUUUUAAAUUAAUCCUUCGGAAAGCUUCUCCUGGGCUUAUUUUGGCCUACUGCUGCUAAGAUUUUGGAAAUGAAUCUUCAAUUUUUUUGGGAGAUGGUUUCUUCCUAUAGUUAGCUAAUCUGAUUUUAAUCUGAUUUGGCAUUAUUUCAAAGGGGAAAGAGCCCUGUAGCUAGAAUCAGAAGACUUCAUUUGAGGACUGGCUCCAUCCUCUACUGGCCAUUUGAUCUUGGGCAAGUCAUACCAUUUCAGUUUCAUCUGUAAAAUUAGGGGACUGAAUUAAAUGCUCACUGAAAUCUCCUCUAGCCCUAAAUUUAUUGUUCUGUUGCUAAUUUGCCACUUUUCUUUCUUUCUCUCUCCCUUCCUCCCUCUCUUUUUUCCUUCCUUCCUUCCUUUCUUAGAGGGGUAGCAGUCCACUCGUGGGUCCUGUUCCAAUACUGAAAGAAUAUGGAAGCUAAUUUUUUCCAACUAGGGUUGGUCUGCCCCCUCUUGGGUGGUUUGGUGGCCCUCUUCUCCUGCGAACUCCUCUCACCUCAGUGUACCUGAUUGGCUUUAGCCCUGCUGCUUAGAGCUUCUUAACUCAAAUGUCACUCCAGCUUCAGGGACUACAAGGUGUUUACUAUCACAUUCAGUUGCAGCCAUAUUUUUUCCUAAAAGUAUUAAAAUCCAGUCUUAAUCAUGGAUUAUAAUCUUUCCUUCUAUAUCACUAUUGUCCCUGCAUUGCCUAUAAUAUGUAAAGAAAGUCUGUGAAAAUAAAACCCAUUUUGGAAAAUGGAAUAUAGAAGCCAAGUUGAUUUUAAAAAUCUGCUUAGUAGCAAUGUGAAACUCACAACCAUUUUCAUGUUACUGUGCAGAACUUACUUAUUUUUAGGAAUGGUGGCUUUUUUUUUUUUUUAAUCUUAGAAAAAGCUUUUUUUAAUUUGAAGAAAAUGUCAGAGGGAGGAACUUCUCUUUUAGAAGUGUUGAGUGGCUUUCUCAUAGCUAAAAAAAAGCACAAAAGCACAGUAAUGCAGUCAUGGUUCAGUCUGACCUGCUGUAUAGAAGCUACAGUUUAGAGGAUUUCAUCUAAUACAUGUUACAGUCAGAAGCCUGAAAUGAGACAAGAGGCUCAUAAGAAGGAAAUGGAAAAAUGCCAGGGGAUGAUUUUUUUAAUAUUGUUCAUUAAGUCAAUAUGCAGAUUUUAGACAUAAUUAUAU